AUGGACAGCAGAUGUAACUGCUCGACCAGUGGUGAUAGGUCUUUAAAUCCUAUCCUUUACAACAUCUUGAGCCGAAUGGAUACUGGCGAACCAAGCCAACAGACCUUCAGCAACAGCUCAGCUCCUCACAAAUGUAACUGUGAGGUGCGACGGACAGUGUGCUUGCUCAGACCCUCGGAGGUCUGCAAGGACGCUUCUGCAGUUCUGGUCAAAACCGUCCACUUCAUGAGAAACCUACCGGCUUUCAAUCAGCUGCCACCAAGUGACCAGUACUCCCUUCUGAAAAGCUGCUGGGCGCCACUUUUCAUCCUGGGUCUGGCCCAGGAGCAUGUGGACUUCGACGUGACAGACGUUCCAGCAGACAGCCUGCUGAAGAAGAUUCUCCUGAACCGUCAAGAGAGCCCCGAGAUGGAGCGGGAGCAGCCCACCAUGGCAGGCGUCAGCAAACUGAAGUGCUGUCUGAAAAAGUUUUGGAGUUUGGAUUUGAGCCCAAAGGAGUACGCAUAUCUGAAAGGGACCACAAUAUUUAACCCUGAUGUACCAGAGUUACAGGCGGGCCUUUUUGUAGAAGGACUGCAGCAGGAAGCUCAGCACGCCCUGAGCGAGGUGGUCCAGCUCCUUCAUCCAGGGCACCAGGAGCGCUUUGCUCGGAUCCUCCUCACAGCCUCCAUGCUUCAGGGCAUCACGCCCAGCCUCAUCACCGAGCUCUUCUUCCGGCCCGUGAUCGGCCAGGCCAACUUGCUGGAGCUGCUGGUCGACAUGCUCUUUUGUAGAAAUCCAUAAUAACUGUCAAGACUCUGGAGAAAGUCCCACUAGCGAAGUGAUCACGCAGUGUUACUUGCAAGCUCCAAAAAUAGACAAAAGAAACUGUUAUUUUUCUACAUGGGGUUAGGCUUUGCUUCCAUUUUCAAAGAAGCUGUGGUCAGGUUAGCCCAACCUGAGCAGAAAUUCUCUUCUAAAAAGAAAGCCUUGUCUUUCCACAGACUUUGUCAUUCUGUCA